UCAGGUUUUGACUCUUCCAAGUUAUUGAAAUUAAUGAAACUACAUUGAACAGAUUUUUAUUAAGUUUAUUUAAAACUCUCUUCGAUGAAAAUAACAUUCAGUUGCUGGGGGCUAUUAAAUCGAUAAAUCUCAAUACUGUUCCCUGAAGAAGCCAUCAUUCGGAAAUAAUUCGUCGAAAUUAAAUUGUAUCGUUAAUUACAUCAGAAGAUUGUCCGCAAUCGCAGACAUUGUUAUCAUCUUUUCGAAUUUAAUUCUUGUUAAUCCGAACAAGUAUUUGACAUGGAUGUUAAACAAGAUUCCUCGAGAGAAGCAUUCCAGCAGCUUCCAUACAACGGAACCGGUGAUGCGCCUGUUAUGCCCUGUCCCAUGAUGGAACCUACCAAAGGUGAAACGGGAGACAAGCCACCUCCUUACUUUACUCAACCAGGAGACGAAUUUCCGGUACAACCGGAAGGAUCCAUGGAACCGAUCGGUCCAUGGGCCACGGGUCGCGUAACGUUCAACCCUAAAGAUGGUUUAACAGGAGUGAGACCAGUUGUCGAUCGAUAUUCUGUAACUCAAUUUGGAGCACCUCAAUGGAGAGCCCACAAUCAAAAGUUUUUCGAACAAUCGAAUGAAAAGAUACGAGACGCCCAGCUUGCUAUAAACAAUGCGAAACGAUGCGUUGAUAAAUCGUACAGAGAGGCGGACAAGAAACAAUUGGAAUCGACGGAUCAUUUGAAGGAUCGAGCAAGAGACGUGCAUCAGUGGAAAACCGAAUUAGAACACUUCAUACUUGACAUUACCAAAGAGAUUGAAUUAUUGGAGGCUGAACGACGACGUGUCAAACACUCCUUAUCGGUUCUCACGAUUCCCGAGUCGAUCGCUGGGGAAUUUUUACAAUUGCGUUCUAAACGCCUCGAAUCCGACCUUAUCCGAGACGAAGUCGAGGAGGAGUUAACGAAAGAAGUAGCUCUUUGCUAUGAAAUACGCGACCUGCUCGGUAGAACUCGAGAACAAAUAGAAAUGCAACUGAUCGAACUGAAGGCAGCGAAAACAAGAAUGGAAGUCGAUUGGACUGAUAAGACAGACGCUUACAGCAUUGAUGCCCACGCUUUACAAUUAAAAAACAAUUCUCCGGUUAUACUGUGGGCACCCGGUGCUACAAGAUUUCCGGCGGAACAAUCGACACCUGCGAGUUACGAGCAUUACACGCGAGAAAGUUUAAGCGACGCGGAGUCUGCAAAGCAAAAAUCGGCGAACCUGAGGUCCACUUUGAGCGCAAUAUACACGAAUUCAAUUAAAGAUCUUCGCGAUCAAGCUACCCGCGUGGAACUCGUAUUAGGAGAAAAGAUUAAGCUUACGGAAGAAGUCCGUCUACAAUUAGAGAAAGAAUUGCUUCGCUGCUUGCAUGAGUUAGCAAAUACUGAAAAAGCAAUUGAUGAGCUUCGUCAUUCAACGAGGGGCUUGGAUUGUGCAAUGAAAGUGGCGCAAACCCGAUUGGCGAACAGAUUACAACGUCGUAACGUUGAAAGCUGUCGUGAUGUAUCUCAAUUUGCUCUCGUCGAGGAAGUAAAAAUGUUAAAUGAACGCACGUCGGCAAUGCUAGCAGAAUUGAAACGAGCCGAAGAGACGCAAGCUGGUCUUGUUAAAGCAAGGAGUGACCUUGAACGAGAAAUAAUCGUGAAACGUAAAACACUGUAUAUAGAUAAACAACGUGGUCAACUACUACGCUCGUUUUAUCCUUCGGCUACAGCUCUUUCUGGUUUUUAAUAACUAUAUCGCGGUAUCUUAAUUUAAAAUAUCAAGUAUUAAAAAAGAAAUUUUCGAUUUUAUACGAUAUAAAAACAUAUGAUAGAGACAUGUUAAAUACGGUUAGUUCUGUAAAUGUAUUUUGGAAGUACACGACUUAGUCACACAAAAAUAUAGUAGUCUUAGGAUUUAUGUAUAAUUGUUUUAUAGUAUUUUUUUGAUAUUUUAUAAAAAAAUGGAAAAUAUAGGGCCUGGAUGUCUUGGA